AUGGUGCUGGAUCAAGACGUAGUCAUCAUGAGCGGCCAGGCGCGCGUCAUGGGAGAGCGCGGCCUCGGCCGCAGGGACUACUCGCUGUUCGCGCGCGCGGACGAGGGCAUCAAGGCGCUGCACCUGUGGGCGGAGGGUGCUGGAUACGCGGACAUGUGGCGCCGCCGCAUGACCCCCGAGGCCCUGGCCGUGGCGCAGCUGCAGGCGGCCGCGGUCAGCGAGGAGCUGGCGCUUGACAAGUGGCGCAGGCACACCAAGGAUUGCGCGGCCUGCCAGCGGGUGUUUGCCGCCGCCCUGCUGGGGUCCAAGGCCCUCACAGCCCUGGCCGCCCUGCUGGCUGCGGCCGCCCUGCCCCUGGCCGCCAGCGGCGCGGGCGCCUGGGCCGCCGCGCUGCUGGCCGGCGCCGCGGCGGCCGCGUACGCGCGGGAGCGGCUGGCGUGGUGGGCGAGCUGGGUGUUUGUGUCGAGCAAGCCGCGGUGGCACAAGAAGGGCGGCCUGACGCUGGUCAACGGCCUGGGGCCCCUGCAGCUUUGA